AGCAAGGACGGAAAGGGUUGUGUAUGUGUAAAAAUUAGAUCGGAAUUUCAUAACAAAACAAUGUUAAAUCAGAAAAAGAUGUUUAGUGAUUCUGAUAUUAUUAAAGGUUAAUUAUGCAACCUUUAUUGUCUUUACAUUGUGAUAAGUAAGGGUAUCGACUGCUCUGCUCUAUCCAAACAACUAUAUUUCUUCACAGCAGGUGCGAUUUUCGUACGGAAGUCACAUAAUCCAGCUGGUGGAAAAAACUCUGAAGGUUCAGAAGAUGAUAGAAAAUAUUACAGAUUGUUUGAGCUUAAUAAAAGGUUGAAGCAAGUGUAAGCUGAUUAGACUUACUGACUCCCACUCGGUUUUCAAUCUUCAAGUUUGUGUACUCAACUUUUAAGACUCUGUUUUUGCCAAAUGCUGUGUUGCUGAUUAAAGUAAUACACAAGUUUUUCAUUCUAAUCAAAUCAAGAGCACACUCGUUUUUUCUGUAGUUUGCUGAGCAGUUAACAGGCGUAGUUGAAGUUUUAUUCACAAGCCUCACUCCAUUACCGAGCAGGCUCAAAAAUGGGAGCAAAUCAUUCCAACCGGAAAGAAACCUUUGAUUCAUCUGGAGACGUCAAUUUUGAUCAUUUUCAGAUCUUGAGAGCAAUUGGAAAAGGCAGUUUUGGUAAAGUAUGUAUUGUACAGAAGAGAGAUACAAAGCAGAUGUUUGCUAUGAAAUACAUGAACAAGCUAAUGUGCAUCCGAAAAGAUGCUGUUAGGAACGUUCUCCGAGAACAGGAGAUCCUACAGUCACUUGAACACCCCUUCCUUGUCAACCUGUGGUACACAUUCCAAGAUGAAGAGGACAUGUUCAUGGUCGUCGACCUCUUACUCGGGGGUGAUCUCCGCUAUCAUUUGAACGAGGGCGUUAAGUUUGAUUCAGAGCGAAUACGAUUGUAUAUCUGUGAAAUUUCAUUAGCAUUAGAUUACUUGCAAGAAAAGAAAAUAGUUCACAGAGACAUCAAACCAGACAAUAUGUUAUUAGAUGAGGAAGGGCACUUACACAUCACAGAUUUCAACAUAGCAACAAUACUUAAAGAAAAAAAAGUUGCAACAUCUAUAUCUGGUACCAAGCCUUAUAUGGCUCCAGAAAUCUUCAACACUGGAAAUGCUGUGCAGGGAUAUAGUUUUGCUGUCGACUGGUGGUCGUUAGGCAUCUGCGUUUACGAGCUUCUUCGGGGAAAGCGGCCUUAUAAAAUUCACUCCGACUCUAGUAUAGCUGACAUUCGUGACAUUUUAACAGUGCAUACCCUUCACUGUCCAUCAUCUUGGAAUCCUGGCCUGUCUGAUUUGAUACGACAGUUGCUAUGCAAAAACCCAGAGUCAAGAAUCCAGAAUUUGGAAGCAAUGAAGAAGAAUAUGUAUAUGCGAGAUGUGGAUUGGGACGCUGUAUUACAUAAGAGUAUCAGACCCACAUUCGUUCCACCUAAAGACCAUUUGAACUGUGACCCAACAUUUGAACUCGAAGAGAUGAUUAUUGAGUCAAAACCCUUACACAAGAAAAAGAAGCGUUUAGCAAAGCAGGGGUCAAAGGGCAAUUGUAAAGAUGUGAGUGAUGAAAUACGAGAAAGCCUUGAGAAGUUUAGUAAACAAUUUUGCUUGUAUAACAGGGAAAGGGGAGUAACACCGUUACUUGAUAAGGGAAUAGAUAGAGAGCAGUCAACAAGCCAAAACCUAAAAGAUGAUUGCGAACAAAUUAAUGGCAAAGAGGAGGAAGAAAAAAGAGAAUAGAGAUGAGGCAAGAGGUAAAGAUAGCAAUUAAUUUGCCUCUAAUGUUGUUUUGGAGACAACCUAAACCUACAUUGUUCAACUCUACAAGAAAGGAAUACAUUGUCACCAUUUGGGAUUGUUUUCAUGGAAAGUUCUGUUUGAAAUAUCAGCAUCUCCUAUCUUGGGGACAUGGCUACAAUAUAUAUCAUGUGCUUCGUUUGAGAAAAUGCGAUCUUGUCUACGAUCACAAGCUAAACUUUAUAUUUUGACAAGUCAAAUCCACAUGAAUUAUAGAAGCCUAUCUGUCAAAGACGAAUGCUGUUCAGUGAUUGGUGGAUAAUGAAGUAAUAGAUAACUUUGAUGUUUCAUGACGUAAAUAUUUGUAAAACACUGUAUUUAUUUGACAUAAUUUGAAAAAAUCCUUUAUAUUUUGUGAAUACUUGAUAAAUUGCCUAGUGCAAAUUUAAUUUUUGAUGAUGAAAUCCCCUCAGAAUUAAUAAAAGUGUCUGGUCCGCUGUCAAUCAUCCAGAAGAAUGGUCAUUAAACUUUGCGAUGAUAGACUCGGUCAAAUUGUACAGUAUUUAGUUUUGACCUCAACAUGUUUCAAAUGGAUUAUUUUGUUUGUUGGUUUACAAAACUUCAUCACAACCCAGGGGCUGAUUUGGGGGAGGGGGAAGUUCAUCACAACCCAGGUGCGGAUUUGGAGGUUACCCCGGGGUCCCCCUUCUGGGAGGUAAAAAAAAAGAAAGAAAAAGAAAAUGAUAGCCCAAAUCAUCCCCCGGACGCCCUAGGACAAUGUUAUGCCCGAUUAGCCCUAGUUUUGGGGGGGGGGCCCCCCCUUUUUGGACAUCUCUGGAUCAGCCCCUGCAACCAUCACUCAAAAGUGAAAGGACGCCUCUAUGAUUAGUCAAACUGACAAGCUUUGUAUUUUAACUGAAGCAAAAAUAUACACCAGAUUUGUAGUAAAUUAUUAAUUAUUUUGUAUUUGUUUAUAAUGUGUUCACAGUGCUACAGAGCAACCUUGAUCUAUUCAUAGGGCAUAUUGAUCUGUUACACAUACAGUAGUGUUUUGGACUAGCACUGUUCAAUACAUGAACGAAGAGGGUGAAACAGUGUGGUUUGGACUAGCACUGUUCAAUACAUAAACAAAGAGUGUUAAAACAGUUGCCUCCAUUUUACAUAUUAUGGUAUAUACCGUAUUUCAAUUUUAGCUGGCACUUACUAAUUUUGCCUCUUAACUACAAUCCACCAUUGUUUCCAUAUGUAUGUUUUUGAUAAGUUAUUCAAUUUGGUUGUUCCUAAUCAUUUUGCAUUAACAUGCUUUCAACGUUAAUGGAGAGUGGACAGAAUGACCUAGUUUUUCCUCUGUACUAUACAAAAACGACGACUGUUUCAUUUUCUUUGUGUACAAUCAAAGCAAGGAAAAAAACUAAAACAAACUUUAGGAAAACAGGAUUUGAGCCAUAUAUGGCUACAACAGAUUUUAAUGCUAAAUUGUAUGAACAAAAAUAAUAUUGUAUGUGAUUUUGUUCAUGUACAUAAUGUUGUAUAUUUUUUAUACAUUGUAAAUUUAUUUUAAAAAAAUAUUUUAUAGUACAGCUGUGGUGAAGCUAAUAGACAUUGUGAUCAUGUAAUUGAGUGGGAUAAUGGGAAGGGGGUAUAAUAUCACCAGCUUUAUUGUGUAACUGGUCUUACCAAUUGGAAAGAAUUAAUUCAUACUUUGCUUUGUAAAAUGUUGAUUAUUAAAAAUUUCUCCAUAAAGUAGUAUUUUUAAAUAAUUUUAACUACUAUCAAUUACCGUAUUUAUUUGAAUAAACAGCAGCCCUUCUAGACCCUCCUUUGAAAUAAACUCCUCGGGGCAUUUAUUUUUUCCUUGAACAGUAGCAACCCCCCCCCCCCCAAAUGACUGUAAACAAAUCUAAUGGAAGCAACAUCAUUCUCAACACAUUCUACUAAUGUUCUACUCCAAAAGAAGUACAUUUUUUCUAACAUGGUUGAGAUCGAUAAGUUUUUAUGAUCACGCAAUAAGACAUUUUGGCUGUAAUUAUGUGUUGUAGUUAGUUCCACCUUUAAUUUGAAAUUAAGGGGCAUUUAUUUGAGUAUAUACAUAUCCAUUUUACAUUAAAAAAAAAAAAUGCCUCCCUCAAGUAUAAAACGCCUUCUCAACAAUAAAUGCCCCAAUGCUUUUAUUCGAAUAAAUACGGUACAGUGAUUAAAUAUUUGCAUUGUGGACUCGCAUUGUUUGCAUAUUUUUGCAAUGAUAAAAAUAUUACACAGUU